AUGCAUUUGCUGACAAUAAUAAUAGCAACCUUGUUGGCGCUGCACGUAAACGGCUGCAUUAACACGACGGGUAACAAGAGUAGCGAACUCAAACAUUUUUUGGGUUAUGUGGAAGGAUUACUCGAAAGAUUUAAUGAGCGCUUUAAAAGUCUCAUGCGCGUUAAAGCCCUCCAGGAGGACUCCUCAUCAACGGCUGAAGCCGGAGAGAAAAGUUUCUUCGAUCAGUCUCCUAAAGUGUUUGGAACUAGCUAUACGAACCUGAAACCUCAACUGGUGCGCAGUAACGUCAAGGAAAUUGAGGAGGUUUUUAAUGAAUCAGAGGUGUGGAACGCUAACAAUCUUCAAGUGAAAGACCACUGACCAUGUCGUUGUAUCCCUAUAGUGAUCACAAGAUUCUGAAUGGAAACCCUUAUCACCUAGUACUUCAUAGAAUUUAUAACUUUAAGAGAAACUUCAAAUAAUUUUGUACCACACCGGUGAAUAAAAGUUUUGUUGCCC